AUGAAGCCCAUCAUCUUCUUCGUGUUUUCCCUGCUCCUCAUCCUGGAGAAGCAAGCAGCUGUGAUGGGACAAAAAGGUGGACCAAAAGGCCGAUUACCAGGUGAAUCUUCCCAAUUUCCACAUGGACAAAACGGCCUGCAGUAUUUUGCACGAAAAGGCAAACAGCAUGCUGAAUCCAAAGGCGGUGUUUCUACUGAACACACAUUUCAUGUAGCCGCCCCUGAUCGUGACCAGACCCGAAAAAGUAAGCAAUAUGACUUGAAUGCCCAAAAUAAAACGACAAAAUCAGAAAAGCAUCCAGGUGGACGUCAAGAACCAUUCAAUCAUAAGCAAGAAGGCAGAGAGCAUGGUAAAUCAAAAGGUGAUUUUCACGUGGUAGUUAUACACCAUAAAGGAGGCCACGCUCCUCGUGGGACAAAAAAUCCUUCUCAAGAUCGGGGAAAUAGCACAUCUGGAAAGGGAAAAUCCAGUCAAGAUUCAAACACAAAAGAAAGGCUACUGGCUCCUGGACUAGGUAAAGAACAAGAUUCAGUCUCUGGUGCACAAAAAAAUAGAACACAAGGUGGAUCCCAAAGCAGUCCUGUUCUCAAAACUGAAGAUCCAGUACGUAACAAAAAACCUGAGACUCUAAAUUCUCUUCCAAAUAAAGGGAGUUCCCCAAAUGUGAAUGAAACGAAACAGAAACAUUCAAGUAAAGUGCAAACCCCACUCUGUUCUGCACAAGAAGCCAGACUCCAACAUGGAUCCAAAGACGUUUUUUCUAAGAAUCAAAACCAGACAAGAAAUCCCAAUCGAGAUCAAGAGCGUGGCCCAAAAGCACAUAACAGGUCCUGCCGAUGUUCAAGUGCAGAAGAAAGACCACUUAAUCAUGGAGAAAAGGGCAUACAGAAAGAUGCAUCCAAAGGCAGUACUUCUAACCAAACUGCAGAUAAAAUACAUGACAAGCCUCCAAAACAGGUAACAACUCCUAGUCAAGGAGAUGGCCAUAGGGCAAAUAAAACGUCAUUCCCAUCUUCAGCUGCAGAAGAAAGACGACCUAACCAUGGAGAAAAGGACAUACAGAAAGGUGUAUCCAAAGUUAGUACUUCUAACAAAACUGAAGAUAAAAUAGUUGCCAAGCCUCGAAAACAGAUAACAACUCCUAGUCAAGAUCAACGGUCUGGUCAAGACCCAAAAGGAAAAUCUGGCCAAUCUGCAGAUAAAGAAAAAGACCUACUCAGUCAUGACCAAAAAGGCACACACGAACGCGGAUCUCAUGGGGGAUUGAAUAUUGUAAUAGUACAGCAUGAAGCUGACAAUGAUCAUGAUUUGACACAACGUCAUGACAGCAACCCAAACUCAAUAUUUACAUAA